CACCAAGGAGCCAUUAUUAAAAAGAAGAAGAAGAAGAAGACUUGUCACAUGUGUAAUUUGUAGGUUAUUAAUUUCAAAACAAACAAAAAGAAGAAAUAAGUUUUCCAAAACCUUUUUAUUCAAGAUUUCGUGCAACAAUGUCAAUAUGUUGCUUUAUGAAAUAUCUAGAAGGUUUAUAUAUUUAAGUAAACAAGAGGAACCAAGUUUUUCUUGGCAAAACUCUGUGCUAUGUAUUGCGGUAAACAAACACUUAUCAUUUUUUGAUUUUUCGUACAACAUACAGUCGACGGAAAAGAACCUGGAUUUGAAAGAAAAUGUUGUAAGGUUGCCAAAUGAUAGCCCAGUGUCUACACAAGUUUUUCAGAAUCAUGUCCAGAAAGGAAUGAAACAUUUCGAGCUGACGGAAAUGGUUACGAACCCAUUGUUUUGGCCUCAUAGCAAAUAUCUGAAAAACGAAAUGGAAGGCAUGAAAUCUUUGAAGUGCUCCCCAGAUAAUUUCUUUAACAACUCCCAGUGUCUCGUUGCGGUACUCAACAACUUCGGCAAUAUUAAUUUCUUAUCAAAGAAUAGGUGCACAUACACAGUUAACCUAAACUUUACACAAAUUAUAUUAGAUACACAAGCACCAUUUUCUCUUAAAGAAGCAAAGAAUAUUGAGAAAGUUAAGGAGUUCACAUAUAAAACAGCCACAGGUGCAAUGUGCUGGGCUCCAAACUUAAAUGAGGAUAGAUCCUGCUAUUUUGUGACAGUGCAAAGUUCCGGUGACAUAUUGUUUUGGUCCCUCACCUGUGAGAAUGUGAUAAAAAGUAAAUUUUGUGGCAAAUUCCAAGUCAUCUCAGUUGAGGAUAUAGAAGAUAUAACUUGGAUACCUUUUAGUGAUAAACAAAUACUGCUAGCCUGUUCCGAUCGAAGUGGACAGGUUAUUUUGUAUGAAUUUUAUGUCACUGAACAUUUUAAAUUUAUAAAAGAGCAUGUUAUUUGGCAACAUCAAGAUAAAAUGGCAGCGAGAUGUGUACACUCUUUUAAAUUUAAAGACAAACUAGUUAUACUGUAUAUUAAAAACAGACAUGUAGUAGUACAGUUUUUAGAUAAAGAAUUUAAUGUUAUUACCCAAAAUAUUUUGCCAGUCAAUGAUCAUAAAAUUGUUUCUCUUGUAAAUUUAAAUAAUGAGUUUUAUGUAGGCACAAUGAAUACCAAAUUAUAUCAAUUAAAUAUAAGCAUUAGGUUUAACGAUUUGAAUGUUUCUUUGAAUGCAAUAGACAUAAAGGAAAAUUUGCAACAUUAUGAGCUUGCAGGUAUGGGUCUAUCACAAAAUAAAGCCUUUUUUGGUUUAGUUGUUAAAGAUCGAAGACUAUAUCACAGAAAGGAGAGCAUAAAAAUUGACUUGGUUUUCUUGUCUACUAGUAAUGAUUCGAUAUAUUAUCUUGAUAAAUUAACGAAUAACCCAUCACAGUCUUUGUCUAAUUAUUGGGAUUGUAUAGAACCUGUUAGAUGUUUAUUUUUCAAAUAUAAAAAUAUUCCAGAAUAUGAUUAUAACGGUUUACUGGUAGAAGGUGAAAGCAAUGUAUACAAACUGAAAGUAUAUUACUUUAUAUUAUUGUUUUAUAUUAGUCUGAGGAGAUCCAAAAUUGCUUCUCUACCAUGUUUACCUAACACCAAUGUAGAGGAAAUUCAAGAAAAAAUUCUAGUCGCUCAUGCUGUAAACUUAUUGAAUAAAUUAAAAUUUGAAUUAGAAAAUAGCCAGUUGAAUACCGAUAGCUUUAAAUUAGAAAGUUUUGUUGGAUUGAAUAACUUUUUAGUAUAUUUUUGCACUAAGUAUAAGAAAUCUGUAACUGAUUUUAUAGAUCAACAAACCUUAGAUUUAGUCAGCCUGAAAUUUGAGUAUACUUGCCAAAGUUGUAAUGGUGAGAUGAAAGGAUUUUCAUGUCCUGAAAAUUCUGCACAUUUGAAUAUGUUUUGUUCGGUUACAUUUACACCAAUAGAGAGUGGUGAUUAUCUAGUAUGUGAAGCUUGCGGGGUCACCGCCCGAUCAGAACUCUAUGAUGAAAUGCCAUUAUGUGUUUUUUGUGAUAAAAGGUUUGUUCGUUUCGAAAUGAUAAUAUAAAAUUUUAUAUACCUAC